GUGUGGCAGUUUAAGACUUGCUGGACAAGUUCAGAGGAGAGAGAGAAAAAAAAAAGACAUCUGAGCAAACAUACAUGUGUGGCAUGAUGCAGGAAGUGGUGAUGAAACAACAAAAGACAAAAGCAGAAGCUGUCUGGCACAGCAGAGACACUCAGAAAGAAACAGCAGAAUUCCUCUCUGACAGUCAUGAGGGCAGAUGAAAUCGAACCAAAUCUGUCCCCCUACGGCAACGACAGCGCAAACUGUUCGACGCAAGAUGUGGACGAAACGAUGCGAUACUUGGAGCUCGUCAUCUACGUUCCCAUAUUCAUCUUGGGGAUGGUUCUUAAUGUGGCGGCUCUGCUGGUGUUUUGCCGAAAAUGGACGGAGUCAACCAUCUACAUGACCAGCUUGGCUCUAAUGGACCUCGUCCUCCUCCUGCCACUACCCUUCAAAAUGCACGCUGCAAACCAGCAGUGGCGGAGCGAACUCCAGGAACUCUGCUCAUUUCUGGAAUACCUUUAUUUUGUUGGCAUAUAUGGCAGCAUCUACAUGAUCAUGUGCAUAGCCGUUGAUAGGUGGCUGGCAAUAUGUCACCCGUACAAAGCCAAGCAGCUGCGUUCCCCCAAAGUGGCGUUCCUGACCUGCCUGGCCAUCUGGUGUCUGGCGUUUUCUGCCAUCUUUCCAGUCGCCUACAACCUCAGGAAAGAAGAUGGGAGGGAUUUCCACUGCUUCCACAGGUUUUCAGAGGACGGCUGGAGUCCCAAGGUGAUCACGUGCUCGCUGGUGUUUGGUUUCCUGGGGCCUGCGCUCGUGGUGGUUUGCUGUUCAGUUUAUACCAUCUGGGCCCUCCAGGAGUCGGGCCAGCGCAGCCCCGCGAGCCAGGCCUGCGUGAAGAUCAUCUACAGCAGCCUCAGUGCCUUCUUGGUGCCCUUCACUCCGAGCAACCUGGCCAUCUUCCUUCAGUUCCUGGUCCACCAGCGAGUGAUCCAGGACUGCAACGCCCAGAAAGGUUUGAGCCUGUUCAUACAGACGGCCAUGUGUCUGUCCAACGUCACCUGUUGCUUGGACGCUCUGUGCUACUACUUCGUGGCUAACGAGGUGAGGAUCACCAGAAGCAGCUUCAGCAUGACGAGGCUGAGCCAACGAAGAGCCAAUUCCAGCACUUCAGAGGUCUGAGCGCUGGGCCAGAGCAGGGAACUUGUACACGCAACAGAGCGGGCUCUCGUUCUUGUUUUUAUUUUUCCUUACUAGCAGGACAGUAAAACUGAACUGACUGAGCAAGCAGCUCUUGUAAAAAAUAAAAAAAGAGGUGGUAUGUGCUCAGAGCAGUGGGAAGGGAACCAGGUCAGCUUGCAUUGAUUAACCACUGCGCUGGAGCAGUAAAGCCAGUUGACGCAUGUGUAACCUCAAAGAGCGCCGAUAACCAAAAUAUGGGCGGCAAAAAAACAGAAAACUUCCACUACAGGUGGAGAUGGUACGAAUAUGUUUUUUUCUUUUUAUCUCUCUCUGUAUCUGAUGGCUGAGAACACUUUCAGCUCGUUGACUCCCUGAUGAGAAACUGAAUUGUGGUAUGAUUCAUUUUAAAUCUGGCACAGGCGGCUGGUUUGCAGAGCUUUGUUGUUUUGAUUCUCGAAAGCGGGAGUCAAACAGAGAAAAAGGAGCCCUUUGUUACAGGUUCUCGUUUAAAAAAAAAAAAAAAAAAAGACCAAAAGAUCACAAUUGAUAAAUACCAAACAGCUUUAUCUCAUUAUAUAUGCUUAUUGAAAUAUUGGUUUAAUAACAUAUUAAUAUGAUUAAAUGUGUCAUAUAAAGGAACCAAUAGUUCAAAUAGAAAAAAAAAACAUGUCUUGCCCAGUACAUGUGCAAAUUAUAUAGAAAUAUUAAAAGUUAUUUAUUAAAACGUUUCUGUGCAAAUGAAUGAUUGAUAAAGGCAUGUUGAUAAAAGCAUCUCUAUAUUUAGUCAUAAAGUUCCAGUCCCAUCAGCACCAAAUAAAUCCUCUAUGAUCUUAGAAAACAUUUGUGAAAUAAAUGUUUUUUUUUUUUCUUUUACCAACAUUAACCCUUUAGAUGAUAGUUAAAACUUUUUUGACUUGGCUUUUAUUGUGUUUUCUUUUUUCUUUAUUGCCCCCUGUAUAUUAUAAAUGCUUUAAGUAGGAUGAACUGCUUGUGUAAGAAACCACUGUGAAACUGAGCCUUAAAUAAUACAGAAUACUGUAUUAGAAACAAAGAAUAUUCCCCCACGUUUGUCUUUUGAAAUAAAG